CAAGUGAUGCGAUUCGCACGAAUGUUUGCACCGGGUCGUUUCCAUCGCAUCUCGUCGACUCGUCAAACAACUUUGGGCGGAGGCAGCGCCCAGCUAGGCGCCCUAGCCGGAACCACAACGUUGGCGUCGAAAAGCGCCACGCAACUGCUGGAUCGUGACUCGAUUGUCACUCUGAUUAUGCUGUUUUUGAUCGACCCUGCUCGUAUCACUUCACAAAGACUUCAGGUUUUCUUUUGCAGUCUAUCAUUGGUUUACAAAACUUAUACCGUGUGA